AGCUCGGUGCUAGGGCCCGCGAAGCGGAGGAGGCCGGCGCCCGAGGCGGGGCAAAGUUCCUCCUAGAGCAGCGAGGACCGGAGGGCAAGGCCAGCGCGCGCCGGGCGGCCUGCGUCCCGGGCACAGACGCGACGGGACCGCACUGGGCGGCUGCUGGGCCUACGGCUGUGGGGCGCGCAGAGUCCACCUGGCGGCCAAGGGCGCUGGCGACCGCUGAAGCUCCUGGGGGUCUUCGGGGUCCGGGCUGCUCCUGUGCCCGCGGGAAGGCUGGGCGCUGUGCACACACAGACCCCGCUCCGGGCCAGCCCCGCAGGGAGACAACCGGGGCGGCGGUUGCUGGGCGGGGCCGGGUCGGGGGCGGCUGUUGGAGGCCGGCAGGCAGCGCGCGGGGCAGCCCUCGGCAGACGGCCAAUGGCGGCGGUGAUCGGGGCGCGGGGGGCGACGCGGCGCUUGUUGGCUGCGCUGCGAGGCCAGAGCCUAGGGCUCGCGGCCAUGUCAUCAGGUACUCACAGGUUGACUGCAGAGGAGAGGAACCAAGCUAUACUUGACCUUAAAGCAGCAGGAUGGUCGGAAUUAAGUGAGAGAGAUGCCAUCUACAAAGAAUUCUCCUUCCACAAUUUUAAUCAGGCAUUUGGCUUUAUGUCUCAAGUUGCCCUACAAGCAGAGAAGAUGAAUCAUCACCCAGAAUGGUUCAAUGUAUACAACAAGGUCCAGAUAACUCUCACCUCACAUGACUGUGGUGAACUGACCAAAAAAGAUGUGAAGCUGGCCAAGUUUAUUGAAAAAGCAGCUGCUUCUGUGUGAUUUCUUCCAAAAUACAUGUAAAAUCUUGUACACAUCUUAGCUGCAAUGUAUGUUGAAGGAAAUUUAUGUGAACAAAUAGAGUUGUUCUUUUUUUUUUUUUUUUUUUUUAAGACUGAGUCUUGCUCUGUCGCCCAGGCUGGAGUGCAGUGGCAUGAUCUCGGCUCACUGUAACCUCCGCCUCCCAGGUUCAGGCAAUUCUCCUGCCUCAGCCUCCUGAGUAGCUGGGAUUACAAGCACGUGUCAUCACGCCUGGCUAAUUUUUGUAUUUUUAGUAUAGAUGGGGUUUCGCCAUGUUGGUCAGGCUGGUCUCGAACUCCUGACCUCGUGAUCUGCCUGCCUCAGCCUCCCAAAGUGCUGGGAUUACAGGCGUGAGCCACCACACCUGGCUGUUGAGUUCUUAAGCCAUCAUAUCUAGAAGCAAAGAAAAAAGAAAAAUAACAAUUUAAGUUGUGUAAAUUUAGUUUGCCUUUAUAUAUUACAUUUGGUAAAAUCAGUGCUUAAAUACGCAGUGAUUUAAACUUGAACCUGAGGUAUUUUUUCAUGCUAAUCAUAUACCUAAGAUAAACCAACCCAGUUACUUAUAUUAAUAAUAUUCAGAAAGAGAAGUGGCUUUUUAUUUUUAUUUUUUUGAGACGGAGUCUCGCUCUGUCACCAGGCUGGAGUGCAGUGGCGCAAUCUUGGCUCACUGCAACCUCUGCCUCCCAGGUUCAAACGAUUCUCCUGCCACCGCCUCUCGAGUAGCUGGGACUAUAAGCACGUGCCACCACGCCCGGAUAAUUUUUGUAUUUUUAGUAGAGAUGGGGUUUCACUAUGUUGGCCGGGAUGGUCUCGAUCUACUGACCUUGUGAUCCACCUGCCUCCGCCUCCCAAAGUGUUGGGAUCACAGGCGUGAGCCACCGCGCUUGGCCGGAAGUGGCAUUCUUAAAUUCAAGAAAUUGGGAUGGGGAGUAUUCAUUCACACAUUUUAUAACCCAGAAAUUCAAGCAAUUUUGGUUACUACAAAUGCAUUGUGUUGGAGAAUAGUUGUAAGGUGGAAAAAGAAUUAGGAACUUGCCAGAUAGUGAGUUUUAACUUUAAAUAACAAUUCUUCUUUUGUUUUGUUUUGUUUGAGACAGGGUCUCGCUCUGCUGCCCAGGCUGGAGUGCAGUGGCAGGAUCACGGUUCAUUGCAGCCUUAACCUCCUGGGCUCAAGCAGUUCUCCCUCCUCAGCCUCCAGAGUAGCUGGGACUAUAGGCAAGUGCCACCACGCCUGACUAAUUUGUAAAUUUUUUGUAGAGAUGGGGUCUCCCAUCUUGCCAGGCUGACCUUGAACUCUUGGGCUCAAGCAAGCCUCCCGCCUCUGCCUCCCAAAGUCCAAGGAUUACAGGUGUGAACAUUGCACCCAGCCAGCAUAACAGUUUUUGUGUGUAUGUGUGUGUGUGUGUGUGUGUGUGUCUGUGUGUUUGUUUUUUUUGACAUGGGGUCUCAUUCUGUUGCCCAGGCAGGAGUGCAGUGGUGCGACCAUGGCUCACUGUAGUCUUGACUUCUCAGGCUCACAUGAUCCUCUCACCUCAGCCUCCUGAGUAGCUGCAGCUACAGGCAUGCAUCACCACACCUGGCUUAUUUUUACAACUUUUUUGUGGAGACAGGAUCUUACUAUGUUGCCAUGGCUGGUCUAGAACUUCUGGGCUCGAGUGAUCCCCCUGCCUUGGCCUCCCAAAAUGUUGGGAUUACAGGUGUGAGCCACUGUCUCAUAACAAUUAUUUUAAAAUUUUUAUUCAUUUAUUUUUAAUAAUUAUACAAGAUGGAGUCUCACUAUGUUGCCCAGGCUGGUCUUGAAUGCCUGGGCUCAAAUGAUCUUCCUGCCUUGACCUCCCAAAGUGCUGGGAUUAUAGGCGUGAGCCACUGCGCCCGGCCUAUGACAAUUCUUAUGAAGCUAAAGUUGAUUUGGAUUUUAGCUGCUGUUACUACUUAAAUAAUUAAUUAGAUUAAACAAGUCACAAAAAUUGGAUGAGCUAUUUUGGUGUGUUUUCUUUACUUUUCUCUUUCAACAGAGAGUUGAAGGAGAGGACAAGUGUCUUGUCCGUGGCUUCCAGGAAUGUGUGGCAAUACAAGAUUUACUGUUACAGCAGCCAACUCACCAAGUCAUUAUUUGACUUACUGAGUUAAGGAGGAACUAAGGGUCAUUUUCCACCCCAUCAUUUGCAUGUUUUGACUCCUGAACUGAGGGUCUACAGCCACUGAAGCUAGAAGGGUGUUAUUCAGUAGUGAGCUCUACUUACUCCAUGUAUCACUGACAGAUGUAAAAAGGAAUAUCAAGUAAUCUAUUAUUUAAAAAUUGUAAUAAGAGUGUUCUUUGAAGGAAUUCAGGAAUAUACUACUAAUGAGAUUAUGAUGCAGAUAUAUCCAUCCAUGAAGCAUUUGUUAGUCCCUUGAAGCAUCAUGGUAGUGGAAUUUAACAGGGAUCAUCUUUGUAAACCCACCUCUCUUUAGGGGCCAGAGAAAUCACUGUUUGUUACAACAAGCAAACCUUCCCCUCUCCAUGUCACCCUUGCCCCAAACCUGAGAAACAUAUGGGAACGUGGCACAGAGGCUGAGCUCUCUGAAGCCAGUUCCUGGCUGGUUUUGCUGGCCAGGGAGAGGCAGGUGUGGUCAGUUGCCCUGUGGACAUGUGGUGUGCAGGGAGAGAAGAGGGAAAAGAGCCACUCAGGCUCUCUGGCUGUCAGGGGAUCCAGACUCUUGGCACUAGAACUUCUGUUUCUUAGAAUUCUUUCAGAGGAAAAGACAAAGCUGUAUGUUUUUAUAAGCUGUUUCCUAUAGUAUAGAUUUGGGACUUUUAUACAUUUUAUUACCAAAUAUUUUUAGUUAAGUGCUUCAAUUUUCAACAUUAAUUUUUAAAAAAUUUUCUUUUGAGAAUCAUCACCUGGAUUUACAUGAAUUUUUUAAACAUGAAAAAAUUUAAACAUAUUCAAAAGUACAUGAAUAGUACAUUGAAGCCUUAUAUAUGGAUCACCCAGAUAUAAAAAUUACCAAGAUUUUGUCCCAGUUGCUUCAUUUUCCCUGUUUCCUUCUUUGCUAAAGUAUUUGAAAGCAAAUCCCAGAUAGCUGAUCAUUUCACGGCUCCUUUAGUAAGUUUCUAUGGAAAAUAUGGCCAUUUUCUUGUAUAAACCACAGUACUUUUUUUUUUUUUUCUCUUUUUUUGAAACGGAGUCUCACACUGUCGCCCAGGCUGGAGUGCAAUGGCAUGAUCUUGGCUCACUGCAACCUCUGCCUUCCAGAUUCAGGCGAUUCUCCUGCCUCAGCCCCCCAGGUAGCGGGGAUUACAGGUGUGCGCCACCAUGCCCAGCUAAUUUUUUUUUAUAUCUUUAGUAGAGAUGGGGUUUCACCAUGUUGGCCAGGCUGGUCUCGAGCUCCUGACCUCGUGAUCCGCCCGCUUAGGCCUCCCAAAGUGCUGGGAUUAUAGGCGUAAGCCACAGCGCCCGGCCCACAGUACCAUUUUUAUACCUAACAAAGUGAUUCCUUGGUAUACUUAAUACCUAGGCAAAAUCAAAUUGUCCUGAAGGUCAUGAAUGUCCUUGGACAGUGAUUUGGUUCUAAUCCAGGAUCUAUAUGAAGCCCACCGAUCGCAUCUGGUUGUUGUGUCUCUUUAGUCUCUCAAUCUGAAGCAAGCUCCCCUCCCUUCCUCAUUUCCCCAUGUUAUUGAUUUAUUGUAAAAGCUGGGUCAGUUGUGCUGUAGAAUAUUCUGCCUUCUGGAUUUGUUUGUUUCUUCCUGUGGUGUCAUUUAACUUGUUUUAGUAUACCCUAAACGGAACCCUUUUCCUCUGUUUUGAGUGGAAGUCUGAGAGGCUAAACUUGAUGGCUGUGUUAACAUGUGUCACAUGUAGCACAGUGGAGAAAGCAGGAUAUGGCUCAUAAUUACAGUGGUGAAGACCUGAGAAUGAAGUUGCUAGUUAUCACCUACAUUAGGGUUUGACAGAGGUCUAUGUUAUGGGUCACUGCAUCUGCUGGAACUCACAGACUUUACUAUAGAGAAUCAAAGAUCCCGUAUCUGAAGUCUAUGGAAAUGCUCAUGGUGGUAAAUUCCGACAGAAUGAAACACCAAACUUGCUUCAAGUAACUCACGUUUCAACUUAAAAGAGACAUUGUCAAAGUUGGACGCCCCCAGGUUCCUGUCUGUUCCAAAUCUUUGCAUGAUGACAGUGGUUUCUCUGAUGUGGUAAGCUUUGGCUUCCCUCUAUUUUCUUUCUAAAAGAUCACUGGAGUAGAGAGGAGUUAAACAGACAUGACCUAUGACCUCUUGCAUGACCUCCACAGAUAGCAAACCGGGCCGACAUGGUUGACGAUGUCCUUUUCUACAAUGAAGUUAAUGAAAGUUCUGAAAAUAAUGAUUUCUUUCUGACAUUGAUAGAAUUUAGGAAACCUUUGGAUAAAUAGCUUAAGCAUGGCUGUUUAUGUUUUUGCUAUAGACAAAAAGCAGCAGCAUGUACAUUGUAUUUGGACGCAAGCCUGCCUCCGUUAAUAUAGUGAACUAUUGGACCACUAGGGUUAGUAGGGAGCGAUCUGUACACUUUCUGAUUCAGCAUUCAGAAACAUUCUAGUUGGACUCUGUAGCUUUCAGUUUUGUAAAGUUAUCAGCACAACAUCGGGAGGUGUAAUAGGGUUUGGCCAUCGUAUGUGAGCUUUGUGUUUCAAUGCCGGUUACUCAGGACUAGUAAAUUAAUGACACUGUCCAGAGGACUUCAGGGUCACCAAGCUGCUGCGCCUGCCAUUGGCUGACUCUCCCUGGCUAUCUGUGGCUGAGAUGGUGCUGCUCAGGUCACGCAGAGCAUGAGCUGCUGCUGAAAGGGCACAGGAGAUGGCCCUUGGGCUUCUCAUCCCAGGAUGCCUGCCCUGCCCACCAAUCCAUGAGAAGAUAUGUAUGAUUUCAGUAGGCCCUGGAUCAGCUUGUCACCUCUGGUUUGCUGUUGCUUUCUACUCACUCAGCUGGAGUUUCAUUUCCAGACUAAAGUCUUCAUCAUUGGCUUCAGAAACAGCAUUCAUCUGUGGCUGUGCUGAUGUAGUACACCAAGAACAACUGGGCUCUUCUCUGUCACUUUCGGUGGGCUACCUUCCCUCACCUCUCCAAGCAGCAUGAAAGAAUUCUUUACAUUUUUAAUCUCUUUUUUGUUUUUCUCUGAAAGUAUGCUUUGGUGCUUAAAGAGAGAAGUCACAAAAGUGUACUACUGAGUUUCCUGGAGAUGAAAUCCUGUUGUCCCUAGCUACGUGAAUGAGCACAGGGAUCCCUGAUGCCAUUAUUUUGUAUAUUCAUACGGCACACACUUACUGAGGGCCUUCUGUGUGCCCUAGGGGAUUGAGCACAGUGACAUAUCAGGGCAGGUAGAAACAGAUGGAGAGCUGAUGCAGGCUCUCUUAGAGCAGCUGCUCCAGGAGGCCCCUGUGGAUGGAUGUUGAGCAGGAACCCUGAGACAUUAGGGGCAUAUAACUAAAGGAUAUAGCAGGAGUUAUAGGAGGAGCUGAUCCCUGAGGGAAACAAUGUAGAGGGAGAAGAUGGGGCUAAAGUUUGAAUUGUGGGGACAUUAAUCACAGUGAUUCUUAAAACUUUGCUGUUGAUGAUUUUAAAUGGAGAAAAUGAGUACAUAAGCUGUUAUUUCCCAGUUUAGUAUAUUGGUUGCCCACAAGAGUAUUUUCCUACCACGAAUGGUCAUAUAUACUUGUUGUAGAAUACCAGGGACAGCAGAGAUGGUGGGGUGGUUACUUCCUUUUCUUACAGCCCAAGAACUUUGGUGUCCAGGAAAUUGACCAAUUUAGCCACUGAAAUUUAAUACAACACAGGGCUACCCAGAUCCCACUGUCCUGAUUUGCCCUGAAAGCCAAAGAAGUUAGGAGAAGGUGAGUGGGGAGAAUAUAUUAAUCCUGAGAGUUGAACAGAGCAAAAAUCCCUAUUACUUUUGUACUUGAAACAUCUCUGCCUCAUGUGCUCACUCUUUAUAUUCUAUUUAGGUGGUUUAUAUGUGCACAUCCCAUCCUAUGCCUGCAGUUAGCCAACUCAGGGUUUAUAUUGCCUCCUUUCUUUUUUUCUUUCUUUUUUUUUUUUUUUUUAAGAGAUGGGGUCUCAUUCUGUCAUGCAGACUGGAGUGCAGUGGUGUGAUCGCAGCUCAUUGUAACCUCCAACUCCUGGACUCAAGCACCUUGGCCUCUCUGGUAGCUGGGACUGCAGGUGCAUGCCACCACACCUACCUAAUUUUUUUUAUUUUUAUUUUUUGUAGAGACAGUCUCACUAUGUUGCCCAGGCUGGUCUUGAACUCCUGGGCUCAAGUUAUCCUGCUGCCUCAGCCUCCCAUGGGUAAUUUUUAUUUCCUUUUUUUUUUUUGGAGGUGGAGUUUUGCUCUUGUCACCCAGGCUGGAGUGCAAUGGCACGAUCUCAGCUCACUGCAGUCUCCACCUCCUGGGUUCAAGUGAUUCUCCAACCUCAGCCUCCUGAGUAGCUGAGAUUACAGGCACCUGCCACCAUGCGUGGCUAAUUUUUGUAUUUUGUUUAGUAAGAGACGGGGGGUUUCACCACGUUGGCCAGACUAGUCUUGAACUCCUGACCUCAAGCGAUCUGCCUGCCUCGGCCUCCCAAAGUGCUGAGAUUAAAGGUGUGAGCCACUGUGCCUCACCGCUGAUUUUUAUUUCUUAUUUUUUUUUAGAGAUGGGGGUCUCACUAUGUUGCCCAGGCUGAUCUCAAACUCCUGGCCUCAAGUGAUCCUCCCACCUUAGCCUCCCCAGUUGCUGGGAUUGUAAGUGUGAGCCACUAUCCCUACCUCACUAUUACCUUCUUUGCUUCUCUUGUUUUCUUUUGUUCUAAGUCAAACCCAUCGCAAUCUUUUCUUGUCCUUCCAGGUGUUUCCAGUGCUGUGCCCUGGAUGUGCUCUCUUUCUCUUAGAGCCCAGAGAACUUGCUUUUCCCCCUUAUAUGACCCUUAACUUUUUCUAACACAUUAUUAAGGGCCUGUGUCUAUCAGCUAGGGGCACUUCUUGAAGGGAGGGCCUUUGUGUGGUCUAUUUCUAGUGACUUCCAGCUUUGCAAGUUUUCUUUUUUGUAGAGACAAAAAAGAGUUUGCAAGUUUACAAAACUUGCAAACCCAGAGCCUCAUGAUUGCUGGGUGCCCAUAGUCUUUUUGCUGAAUGGAGGCACUCAGUCUCCUUGGGAAGACAGAAUCCAUGAUAGACCCACUUGGGAGCUCCCCACUUCAGGAGCCUGCACACUGGUAAUGCAACAGAAUGCCAAAGAGUGACCUCAUAAAGCAAGGAUUCCCUUCGUGGCCCCUUCUCUGCUGCCUCUCAGAAUCCAGAUGCUAAGGAAAAUCCCUAAGCAGAGAUUUUCUGUUGGAUGCUAAAAGCAAGGAAUAAAAGUUGAAAAUUUGGAAAAUGUCUCAACGCCAUCACCAGCGCCACUCGAGAGUCAUUUCUAGUUCACCAGUUGAUACUACAUCGGUGGGAUUUUGCCCAACAUUCAAGAAAUUUAAGUAAAUAUUAUCUAUCUCCAUUGCCUGUUAAGAAAUGUGCUAGUGGAAGUGUAAGGGCAGGGUGUCAGUGUUCUCUAAGCCUCUUCCCUCAGAUACUCGUCUGCUUACCAAAAUAAGUUGCAUGUCCUUGACAAUCUGGUUUCUAUGAUUGGUGAGGCUGACAUACUGUUAUGUGCCCUGUAGACUUGAAUGACCAGUUUGACUCAGUUUUGUCCUUUUCUAUUAAUGACUGUUAGAUAAUCUGAAGGCUUUUUUUUUUUAUAAUAGAUCCCAUCUUAAAUCAGAUAAUGAAAAUUACAUAUCUCGAUAUAUUAGAAAAGUAUAUACAUUCUGGCUGGGCGCGGUGGCUCACACCUGUAAUCCCCGCACUUUGGGAGGCUGGGGCGGAUCACUUGAGGUCAGGAGUUUGAGACCAGCUUGGCCAACGUGGCGAAACCCCAUCUCUACUAAAAAUACACAGAUUAGCCCGGAGUGAUGGUGUGCACCUGUUGUCCUAGCUACUCGGGAUGCUGAGGCAGGAGAAUCCCUUGAUCCUGGGCGGCGAAAGUUGCAGUGAGCCAAGAUUGUACCACUGCACUCCAGCCUGGGUGACAGAACAAGACUCUGUCUCAGAAAAAAAAAAAAAAAAAAAAAAGAAAGAAAAAGAAAAGUAUAUACUAUUUUUUUUAACUAUUAUGAGAAUGUGUUCAUUUCAUUUGUAACAUAUAAUGGGAAACAGUAAUACGUACUCUUUGAGAAAACUUGCAAAGCACAGAUAAAUGGAAAUAGGAAAAGGAAUCACCUAUAACCUCAUUAUCCAUAGACAGACACUGUUAAAAUUUUGGCAUAUUUCCUGCUGAUUUUUUCUACCUGCUGAUUUUUGCACAGGUGAGAUAAUUUUGAACAGAGAAUUUUGUAUCUUUGGUUUUUGUGUUUUGCUGCACACAAAAACAGAACAAGAUAUAAAAAUGGAUCAUAAACAUUUUUCUAAAUCCUGAAAAAUGCAUAGACAUGUUUUAGUGCCUGUAUUUCACGAGAUGGACAUACCAUAAUUUACUUACACAGUCCUUUUUGUUAGAUGUUUAAAUUGUUUUCAAGCUUCUCAGUGCUGGAAAAAAUACUGAGAUAGACAUUUUUAGUUGAAGUUAUUUCAUUUCAGGUUAUAUUCUCUUGGGUCAGAGAAUGAAUGGUUCUCAGACUUUUCAAAAGAGCUGGUCAGUUUUUAUGCCUCUGGCAGUUUUUGAGAGUGCUCAAUCAUACUACACUGUUGUUGCCAGCAUUAGAUCUUACCAUGUUUAAGUCUUUGCUAAUUUUAUAAACAAAAAUAAUGGUUUUGCUUUGCAUCUCCCUGAUUACUAUUGCUGUAGAACAUAUUUGGAGAAGUUUGUUUGUCUUUGGUAUUUAUUUCAUGAAUAGAUUGUGCGCCCAUUUUCUCUUGGAGUAUUCAGUUUUUUAUUAUUGAUGUGAGCAUGUGUAUGGGUGAUUAUUUGAUGAUUAUCAGUUUUGCUUAGUAGACUGGCAAUAUUUAGUCUUGCUCUCACUGUGUUCCCAGUGCCUACUAGAUUGCUUGAUAUGUAGUUGCCACUCAAUAAAGAUUUGUUGAGUAAAUGAA